AUGGAGGAAGCACUUGCCAAGAUUCGCCCUCAUACGUCUUCCUCCCUACCUCAUCAGAAAAACCCGGCAAAUCUCUUGAUCGCACUGGAAUCUACCUUCAAGGAACAACACACAGAGGCUACCCCGACAGCUUAUUUCGCAGCGAUCUUGACAACAUUAGACGGAACAAUACAGAAGAAGGAUAUCUCUCUCGAAGACAGGGCUAUUCUACCCGCCGAACUCUAUCUCCUUGCCCUUGUUGCCCCAUUCACCCCAGCACCCGUUAUUCGCUCGAAUUUGAAUACAUUGCUAUCCUUGACCGCUCCUCUGUUCCCAGCAUUGAACCAAUAUGCCCCUGCUUUACGAUCACAACUUUCUCUCUACUACUCCAUCUUCCAGGCUCUCGAUCGAUCACAAUUGGAAGUUCAAGGCGUUCGACAAACCUUCGCAUCUAUCUUGCAGUUGUGUGCCGACCCGCGUCCCAAAGUGCGGAAGAAGGCUGCCGAUGUCGUCAAAGAUCUGCUUGCGAAUCCACCCACUCCCCUUAUGCGACAUCCUUAUGCCGAACGAGUUGCUGAAUGGGUGAAGAGCGCACUUGCGGAAGCAAGCUCAAGUCCUUUUGCCAGAGGGAAAGGCUCGAAGAAUAGUGCAAAUCCUGAGGUAGAAGUAGGGAUUCAUAUUCUCGCCUUCCUCAGGCCCGUAAUCACAUAUCUUCCUCCCGACUCACUUCCCUCUAUCACAGCUCUCCUCCUAACCUUGCCGCGACUUGGGAACACCUAUCUUUCGCAAUCAUCGUACUCCAUCAUGUCCGAUAUUUUUGUUACUUCAGCAGCGAACGAGUCGAGCAAUUUUGGUGACCAGCUGUCAGAAGUCUUGAAAGCCGUCCUAUCAUCGUCUCCUUCCAAGUCCGAUUUUACGCUCUCUGCAAGCUGGGUGCAGGUCUUAGGUGGUGCAUUGGUUGCGUACAAGAUUGCAGAUCCUGAGCAAGCGGAAGGAGAAGUCGGUAAAAUAUGGAAGAGCGUAUGGAGCUUUCUGGAUUCCACAGAUGCAGUAACACGAAAAGCAACUGCUCAAUCUCUUUCUUCAAUCGCAUCUUGUUUCUCUCCGACCAUGAUCAAGACAGCCGUGCAGACCUCGGGAUCAGAGGUAACUUGUACCAUUUCGAAGAUCAUUUCACAAGUCGCGAAAGCGAUUGACUCCUUGAACUAUGCGCGGGCAAUUCCUGAAUUAUUGUCGGUGGCUUCGUCUCUCAUCACCAAUCUCAAAUACAAGGAGUCAAAAAACUCAUCAACAGCCACGGAAAUUCUCCUCACACCCCUCAUCGUUCAGAUUGCCGGAUUGAGGAUAUCGAAGGGAUUCGAGUACAAGGAAGCUGCAGAUGGCACUUUGUCUGUAGCAAUGCGUAUUCUCGGGCCGGAAGUCUUGUUGAAGAUCCUCCCUCUAAAUCUUGAUCCCGCUAGCCGUGCCUCUGGAGCCGAACCACGAGCGUUCUUACUCCCUCUUCUAGCUCAGCCACAUUCAUCUCCUCUUUCUCACUUCGUGUCCUACUUUGUGCCUCUGAGUGAGAGGAUGUUUGAUUUGCAGCAGAAGGCAGAGAUCGAGGGCCGUCAGUCUGAGGCAAAGGUAUGGAGUGUUCUCGUAGGCCAGGUAUGGGCAGGACUUGCGGGAUACUGUUCCGAUUCAGCAGAUCUCAAGACUUCCUUGACGCCAGAGUUUGCCCAACUUCUGUCCCAACUGCUGUACGGACAAACAGAACUCCGACCGUCGAUUCUAAAGGCUCUCAAGUCAGUCGUAGAUUCAAAUUUGGCUGCUUCAAAGGCCUCAGAUGAAGAAGUAGCUCCUUCUCCGUCAGCUCUCACGCAACAAGAAGCUCAAGAAAACCUCAACUUCUUGCGGACACAAAUGGAAAGCUGGCUCGCAGUUUUCUUUAAUGUUUAUGGCAGUGUUGGACGCGACUCCAGGGGUAUGGUCGGUGAUGUGAUAACAGCAUGGAUUUCGAUCGCUGGCGAGCAGGAAGUGCGCGGCGCUUAUGUCAAGGUCGUACAGCUCUUCAAGACCAACCUCCCCGCGGCUCAAAAGAACCCUUCAUACGCCAACGCUGUAGGAGACAUUGGUAACAUGACCACCACCUCGCAGGAUAUCCUCGUCCUCCUUCUACCCAGCCUUUCCGCCGCCGAUUCUAAGACCCUCUUUGCACUUAUACUAACACCCGACGUCCUCAGCUGCAAAGACAACGGUGUCCAAAAGCGUGGCUACAAGAUUCUCUCCAAGCUCGUUGAGCAUAACAAAGUGACCGUCGAUGCAGAGGCUGUCCUACGCAAGCUGGACGAACUGACUGACGGUCUGACCCCAGCUGCAAAGAAGGACAGAUUCAAUUUAUUUGCCUUGCUGAUUUCUUUGCUACCACCGACUGCGAUGCAUAUCAUACCUUCACUGAUACCUGAGGCUGUCCUUGGAACGAAGGAGCCGUCGGAGAAGGCACGCACGGCUGCGUUCGAGGUCGUCCUUGCGAUGGGCAGGAAAAUGAGCAGUGGCGGUGUCGUCAAGAGGAGUCUGGUUGAUGGGAUGGAUGAAGGUGGUGCUGAAGAUGCUGUCGCUAAUAUCGAGGAGUUCAUGACGAUGGUCGCUGGUGGCCUUGCUGGUGCCAGCCCUCAUAUGAUCAGCGCGACUGUGACGGCGAUCUCGCGCCUUGUCUUCGAGUUCAAAGACCAAAUUUCUUCCAACAUGCUCAACGAGAUCUUAUCGACGCUCCUCGUGUUCCUCUCCUCCGCCAACCGCGAAAUUGUCAAGUCAAUCCUCGGCUUCGUCAAACUCGCCGUGCACACCCUCCCAACAGACCUCAUCCGACCGCAUCUGAAGGACCUGGUCCCCGCUUUGUUGAACUGGUCGCAUGAUCACAAGAACCACUUCAAGCUCAAGGUCAGGCACAUCUUCCAGCGCAUGCUCAGACGUUUCAGUUGGGAUGAGGUGUAUUCGUGUGCUAGAGACGAGGAGGCAUCAAAAGUACUUGUUAAUAUCAAGAAGAGGAAGGAGAGGGCCAAGCGGAAGAAGGCAAACAGGGCUGAGGAGGAUGGAGACGACGAGACUACACCGACAAAAGCUGCCACUGGAGAUGCUUUCGAGGACGUUCUUUACGGCAGUGAAAGUGAACUAGACGAUAGCGACGACGAUGCUCCCGCGGCGCCGUCUGGAUCACAUAAAAAGCACGCGGCUGAAGGUGCUCGUCUACGGUUGGACGACGACGAGCCUAUGGACUUGCUCCAAGGAGCCGGCACAAAAAUAACAACUGCCCAAUCUCGCCGUAGGAAACCUGGCAAGGACGCUACCCAUUUCAAGACGGAUGAGGACACUGGCAAGAUGGUCAUCGACGAGAACUCCAGUGAUGAGGACGAGGGGGCAAAUGCCCGCGCGGCUGCCAGCGACGUUGCCGGGGCUGCUUACCGCGAGAGCCUGGCGUCAGUCGAUGGCUUCACCCGUGGUCCCAAUGGGAAGAUCAAGUUCAACAAGGACACCAAGAAGCGGAGACGAGAGGAAGAUGCGAUGGAUGUUGACAUGGCUGAUCCGGAAGAGGCGCCUGCUGGCAAGACGAAGAAAUCGAAAAAGAAAGUCGAGCCGAAGCUCGGACAUGAAUUCAAGGCCAAAAAAGCUGGUGGCGAUGUCAGGAAGGGAGGACUCGAUCCAUAUGCAUACCUCUCACUAUCACAAGCCACAAAAGCUGGAAAAAGAGGUCCACUCGGCAUCGCAGGAAAACGAUGA